AUGGACUUCUCAUCACUUGCAAAAACAACAUACGGACGCAAAAUAACAGGAUAUAAUAAUCAACCUAAAAAUGUAUUCUUCAAAAUUUGUGGUACUCCAUAUACCUGUAUAUUCAAUGGUAUCAACACCCAAAGUUGUACAUCAUCACCUUCAUCUCCAACAGUCCUCACAACCCAAUCAACUCUCAACACCGGUGUUUGGUCAAUUUUGAAGCGUGGUCAAGGUGCCCAAGUUGUUUAUUCUGGUGGUGCUUGUGAAACUGGUGGAACAACCAAAACAAUAACAAUUGAAUUUUAUUGUGGUUCCAUUUUCACUUUGAUAGGAAUUUCUGAACCAGCACCAUGUCAAGUAAUUAUUUCUUAUUAUACUCCUCUUGCUUGUACACCAACCAAAGUUCCAAACUGUCAAUUUGGUGGAUUUGAUUUCUCAGCACUUUCUCAAACUCAAUACAGUGUAAUCGGAUACACUGGUGCUGAUAAAUACACAUAUUCUUUUAGUGUUUGUGGAUCUGCGCCAACUUGCACAACAAAUUUGAAAACCAAUGGUAUUUCUGUUUGCCAACAAGGUACUGGUUUCUUUGAAGAUAUUGGUCAAACAUUAAGUGGUGUAUGGGCACCAAAUGCAACAGGAACAGGUGUUCAAGUUACCUACUAUGGAAGAAAAGAUGGAGCUUUAUCAAACUAUGGAAGACUAACAACCAUUCAUAUUUCAUGUGGUGAGACUCACGAAGCAGUAAGCGCCUACGAAAUACUAAAUUGCAAUUAUGAUAUCAACUUUAAAACACCAUAUGCAUGCUCUUCUUCAUCCAGUUUGAUGUCAACUGAAAACAGAAUGAUUGAUAGCAGAUCGUCAACACUCAACGACAACGUAAUCGAUACCGAUUUCAUAGCAAUCGAUCAAUAUCUCCCAAUUAAAAACUCAUCAUUAUUCGAACUCCAACUGAUAUUAUCAUAA